GCACGAUAUGACUCGCAAUAUAUAUUUUCCCCAUUAAUAUCAAAUUUCAGGCAUUUAAAUUCAAAAAUGAGCUUUGUCGACGAACACUACAACAGCCUGCUUAGGGCCCUGGUCGCAAAUUCGCAAACCCUGCACGCGCACACAACUGAGGGUGGUGAUCGGGCGGAGAGCUCUCAGAGCAGUGAUGAUGGCGGGUACAGCGCCAAAAACAGGCUUUCCGAGCGUGCGUUUGAUCUGUCUACUCAGCUCUUGACCGUAUCGAACGGUGGUCGGCAGCCGACAGCCUCGCCGGAAUCCAGCAGCCUGACCAUUGGCAGCUCCCACAACACCAGCCGUGCUAUCAAUCAGCAACAGGCGAGCUCAAUCGGUACCAACUUUGCCGUUCCAUCCCUGAUUUCGGUCAUCAGCGACUUGCAACUUGUUCGUGAGGCCCGUUCGGAACAUUAUUCGAGCAGAGUAGAGGAAAGCCUGGAGUUUGCGACGAACUUGGUGCUGUUAAACUCGGUAUCGGCGAUUCACGCUCGGGCCAUAGAGCAGCUCUUGGAUGCUGUACUCCCACUUUCUGUGGACAUGGACUAUUGGAACGCUCAGGACGGCAGCGCUAUCUCGCUUGCGCUGUAUUUUAUGCAGUCACUUCCUUGGCGAGUUUACAGCUGGUAUGUUCAGUCGGCAACCGCAAUUUUCGAGUGUGCCAACAACCCGACCACAGAUAAGGCGCGGCUCCUGGAUGUCAUUAGAAAAACAGUGUCUGUCAGAUUGCUGUUUCCGGAUGCGGAGAUUUCUGCUGGCGAAGGAGAGAGUGAUGACCGCUGUGACGACGUAUGGACAUCGUCACCGCUGCUGAAAAUACCCCAUUCGGUUAACAUUCUCAGCCUGACUCGCCGCGAAAUCCGCCACAAGCAGAAACAACUGGGCAAUGCCCAAGAGAGGAUAGCUACUAGAAUAGGCAUGCUCUCGCAGUCGAUCGCUGCCGGUGCUGAAACUACAGACGGCAGUCCAGUCACGCCUGAGAAAAUGCUUAGGCAGGUGGUCUGUAUACUCAGCGAUCUCAGCCAGGACACAAAGACGUUUAGCACUGAUGCCGCGGCAGCAGCCUUGGACAUUACACAACUGAUUCAACUGGCUGAAGGCCUAGCAUCUCAGGUUCAAAAUAUCUCAACACAGUUCACUCGCCAAGUCCAAGGCUACCGCUGCCCGUGUCUGCUGGCACGCAGCUGGAUGCCAGUGCUGGCCUUGGCCGUCGGCGCUAGAUAUCUGUCAUCCUACGUGGCUGGGCAUCGCGACGAUUUCAAGGAGUGGCUAGCCGAUGGUGUGGUUACUAUGCGCAACUAUGUGUCGCAGUUUAUCCUUGCUCCUCUGCGCAGCGCGUACGAGACCAUCCGCUACGGCAAGCACACAUACAGCGUCAUGACUGAGGAGUCACUGAUGUCGGACUUUAAGUCGCUUGAGAGCAUGGUCGUUGGAUUUGCCGGUCGCUUUGGCAAUGUUGAUCCCGCUGAGGUGAGCCGGCGCGUUGAGAGCGGCGAUCUUUCCGACGUGAUGCGGAUCUACACGCGCGAGAUGCAAAAGCCAUUCAAGAACGCGGUUUUUGGAGACCUCGUCGAGGCUAUGCUCAUCCAGGUCCAGAAAGUCAAGGUGGACGUGGGGCAGACUAUGGCUGCGCUUGACAAGCUGCUCAAGUCCAACGAGUUGAAUUUUUUGCUUCUCUCCACGGUACCAGCGACCUUGAGCAUCUAUGCAGCUGCCAACUGGAUCUCGGCGAAGCUGUCGUGGUGGGUCAGCGGAAGCAGCCGGUACACAGUCUCGUCCAUUCAGGCCACCAUGCGUGACAUUGACCGUCUGCUCAACUCUGAGAUCAGCGAGGCCAAAGGCCAUGCGGACACCAGACUCCCAGCGACUACACAGGGCCUUCUAAUCUGCCACACCCACUACCUCCGGCACCACGCGAUGCUGCUGCCGAACAGCACAUCCGUCGGACGGCUCAGAACAGGUGCCGGAUGGUUCCAGACGCUGCCGCACACCAGAUCUAUGUUCCUUCAGGACAUUGUAGACAUCGAAAGGGCAUCGUUUACGAGCGUGCAAAAGCGCAAUGUGAUAGAUAGAAUGUACAGAACAUUCCGCUUUUUGUAAAUCAUUAUUGCAUUAGCCUUUUGUGACUUGAAUUGGAUAUGUUUAUAUUGAAUCGAGAAAAC